AUCACAUGAUUUUAUAUAAGCGAGAACAAUAUCACCUCAAAGAGAGAAAGUUUAUGAAUGAAAUAUAUAUAAAUAUAGAUAUCAUCUCCCGAGAAAGAAAUAAGAAAAAGGAUGGCUACAACAUUUUAUAAGAAUCUUUCUUUACAUGUGGAUAAAACGAAAGAUGGAAAUAAAUUUAAAAAUGGAAACGAAACAUCGAUACAAACUGCAUGCUCCGCACCUCUACGCAGACACGAAAAAUGUGUGGAAGGAGAAUUUAUCGACCCCUCUAUUGCAGUUGGAUUUAAAUAUACGGUACGUUUAAAUGGUACCGCGUCUGUUUUAUUUGACGGUAAAAGCGAAUAUAUACAGAGUAUAACAGAAACAGACUUUGGAGCGCAGAAGGCGAUAAAGUUUCAAUGUAAUGAAAAAAAUUCCAUAAUCUUGUCCAACGAUUCAACAGCUGGUUAUGCUUUCGCAAUAAAUAUCUUGGAACCAGGACAGGAAUUUAAAGUAUUUCAGAACAACAAGGAAAUCGGCUCAGCUGUUAUUGAAUCAGUGUGCGAGGAUCAGGAAAUAAUAACUUCAAAUGACACCGUUGAAGGACAUGUCAAAGAAGUUCAAGUAAAUUUCACGUGCCGUUUUAUUUUAUCAUUAUUGAAAAUCGACUUCAUGUCCGAUGUCGCCGGCAUUGCCACGGUGAUCAAAGCGUGUAACGAAAACAAAGCAGUAACAAGUCGUAUCUCAGCAUUACUUUUACCGUCUGGUAAAGUACUUGUGUUAAAACACACAAGCUGAAGUUGAUUUUUUUAUCUUCUAGUGGCUAUUUUUAUUAAAUAGAUGAGAAAGUAUUAUCGUGGGAAAUAUAUUACGAAAUAACGUCGAUAAAAUUUGCAACGAGUUUUCGUAUACAAAAGUUUAUACAAUAUACUUAUGGCAUUGUGGAAAAAGAACAUAAAAGAAUUUUAGAAACUUAUUAUUGGUUAUUUAUGAAUGAAAGAAGCUUUAGUUUUCAUUAUUUAUAGCUAACUUAAAAUUAAUAUUAAAAAGUUAGCUUUAUUUGUCAACCAUCAUCCUCUUGUAUAUUUAUUGUUCACGCGUUCAUAUAAAACCCUUUUGUUUAGAAGAAAUACAAUCAUAGAGUUUAUAUAUUUUGAUAUUAAAAUUUUGUAUUUAUGUGUAAUUAAUAAUUAUGAUGCAUGAAAUUCUCUUUCUAUAUGGAGAGUAAACUUUAAAAA